AUGGAGGAGAAACAUAAAUUCUGGAAUACACAGCCCGUUGGCAAAAAUGGAUUGGGAAUUAUAUCUAACGAAAGAUCUGUAUCUCUGGAGAAGCCAAAGCUUCCUGGGGGAUUUCGGCUUGAAGAACUAGAAAGUAUUGAGGAAUUAGCCAGGUUUCUUGAGGAAAAUUAUGUAGAAGAUGUCCAUUCAGGACAUAUGCUUAAAUACUCUAAAGAUUUCUUGGAAUGGGUAAUUGGGAGUGAUGAGGCAAGAAAGAAAUAUUCUGUUGUACUCCGAUUGUGCGGACGGAUGGUAGGAUUUAUAUUUGCUCAGGAACAUUGGAUAGUUAUCCGGGAACAGAAGAACCGUGUGGUUGGAGUGAACUUUUUAUGUGUUUCGCAGGAAAUGCGCGGGAGGGGAUUAGCACCCAUACUUAUAAAGGAAGUUACAAGACAAGCAAAUGUGGAUGGGAUCUUCCAAGGAGUGUUUACAAACGGAAUAGAACUAUUUUUCAAUAUUUCUCACGGGAGAUAUUACCACCGGCCUCUGAAUGGAGAGAAUCUGUUCAUGAGUGGGUUUAGCGACCGGAUUAUAAAGUCCCGAAAGACUCAUGUGAGAGAAGGAACAAGGGUAGCAGAGGAAAAAGACAUGGUGGACAUAGAAAAGCUGUAUCUGCAAGAGAGUGAAAAACACAUGUUCUAUGAAGAAAUAAGAUCUUCGAAUAUAUCAUCUACAUUUAAAACUGUGAAGAAUGUGAUACAUACAUAUGUCCAUGAAAGCGGUGGAAAGAUUGACGGGUUUGGAUCGUUCUUUAUAAUUGACACUAUUGAAAAAAAGUCCAAAAGAAAAGUCCAAGGAGGAUAUCUGUACUACAGAGGAGGAAGGGAUAUCAAAGAAAUGGUUGAGGAUCUUAUAUAUUUCGCAGAAAAAGAGGGAUGCGAUGUAUUCACUUGCCUCGAUACAAUGGGAAACUCCUCAUUCCUGGCAGACCUAGGGUUUUUUCCUGGAAGUGGAGAAAUCCGAUAUUAUCUGUACAAUUGGAGCACUCGGGAAGUACCGAAAGAUAAGGUCUUCUUUAUUCUUCCAUGA